AGCAGCAGCGGGGAAGAUGAGCCUGUACGAGUCCUUUGCUCAGGCCACGGCUCUGGGUGACCUGCACACCUGCUUGAUGAUGGACAUGAAGGCCUGUCAGGAGGAUGAUGUGAGGCUCCUGUGUUACCUAACCCCCUCCAUCUAUUCAGAGUUCCCAGAUGAGACCCUGUGUAGUGGAGAGCUCCUCAACAUGAUCGUGGCUGUCAUUGAUUCAGCGCAGCUUCAGGAGCUGAUGUGUCACGUGAUGAUGGGUAAUCUGGUGAUGUUCCGUAAAGACUCAGUACUCAACAUCCUCAUUCAGUCUCUGGACUGGGAGACGUUUGAGCAGUACAGCACUUGGCAGCUUUUCCUGGCGCACAGUAUCCCUCUGGAGACCAUCAUCCCCAUUUUACAGCACCUCAAAUACAAGGAACAUCCUGAAGCUCUGUCCUGCCUGCUGCUGCAGUUACGAAGAGAAAAGCCGAGUGAGGAGAUGGUGAAGAUGGUGCUGAGCCGACCUUACAACCAAGAGGACCAGUUCACCACCAGCAUCCUGCGGCACUGGGCGGCGAAACAUGACGACCUGCUGGGAGAACACAUCAAAGCACUGCUCAUCAAGAACAACAACAUGCCCCGUAAACGACAGAG